AUGCUUCCACAAUCACACUUCACCAUAAUUUUCUUAUUCAGAUGCAGCAAAAGAAGAAAAACGAAAGAGACGAAGAAGAAGAAACUGAGAAAAAGAAGGAAUGAAGGAAAUUUUCUCAAUGAGGCCGUUGCAAAGACCGCGCCGCCGUAUACUUUCCUUCCUCUCUCCAUCGGCGAUACCUCCGAAAUGAAGCACUACGAGAUAUCUGGAACAACUUUGUCUGUUGCUCUCUUCACAGAGGUCGCUAAUUCCAAGGAACUUUUGGAGCUGAUGCAAGCUGGAACACUAGAACCUGAAGUAGCCCUUCUCAAUGCAUCUUUGAUUCCAGAUAUUUUCCCGGUUUUAGCAGCUGCUCAUAAAACACUUGUAUCCAAAUCAAGGGAUUCAUUGACAACUCGGACUCUUCAUUCUGAGCUUGUUUAUAAUUACUCGGGAUCUAAGCAUAUUUCUGAAUCAUUAAAACGUUGUGGUAUCUCUGAUAGCACCACAUAUAUUCUUGCUGCUCGAUUUAAUGCUUCUGAAGAGGAGUUGAAUGCAAUGAAGACGCUUAUCAAAGGAAAGGAAAUUGAUUUAGAAGAGUUGGAAGGAAGAGCAAACAAAUCUCAAAUACUAAAGCAAUACAAAAUAACGGGGGUAGAACUGGGAAUAUCAACAAUUGGAGAUGCUAUAACUUGUAGGAUUGCUUCCCGUGAUGCUUUGUGAGGCUUUUAUCACGACAUCUUACGAGGGAUAGCCAUAUGGUGGUGGGAUAGGUUGAGGUGGUCCUGCUAUAUGUUGUAGGCCAAGAUACCUGGUGCGGGCCG